UCCGUUUGCUUCGGCUAUUUCUUCUCUAAAGUUAGGGUUGAAAAAUGGAGCUAAAACUCCCUCCAAAUUUAGCAGUGAACGAAUUUAAAGUCGUUUUAAUUCUGUCAAUCGGAACAUGGAUAUGGCUUCCUCGUACCUCUGAGGUGGCCAAUUGCUUUGUACUGAGAGAUUUCAAGCGCUUUCUAGGGUUCCCUUGCUCGGUUCUUCCCAAUUUCUGAUUUUGGUUCUUAGAGCAAACAAGUACCCUAGAAAUCACGCUUUUUCUAUGCAAAGGAGGAGUAAUCGUCUUUCUUUCUUGUUUUUCUGCACCGGAUUCUAUGUUCAGCUCUUCUGGUAAUCUUUCAAAGCAGCCAAAAUGGGAUUGAGAAUAUCAAAGCAAGUGCCACCAAAAGUUGCUGAUGUGGGGGUGCUCAAUGGCCAUUAUCAUAUUCUCAAUUUUCUCAGCAGAAGUUUUUGCCUUCGUCAUCUGGUCUCUAAGAAAAGGAGACGAAUGCUUGUUGGAGGCUACGACCUCGACAUGUCAUAUAUCACAGAUCGCAUAUUGGCAAUGUCAUUCCCUGCAGAACGCAUGCGGGCAAUGUACCGGAAUCCUCUUUGGCAAGUCAAGGAUGUGCUAGAAAUGAGACAUCUAGGACAUUACAAGAUUUAUAACUUAUGUAUAGAAGAAAAUUAUGAUCCAUCACAUUUCCAUGGGCGUGUGGAGGUUUUUCCAUUUGAUGACAACCAUGUCCCAUCUCUCCAAAUGAUCAAGCUCUUCUGUGAAAGUGUACAUGAAUGGCUUUCUGUUGAUCCACAGAAUGUUGCAGUCAUACAUUGCAUGGCGGGCAAAGGUCGGACUGGCUUAAUGCUAUGUGCUUACCUAGUUUACAGUGGCAUGUCAGCAGAAGAAGCUUUUCAGUUGUACGCACAUAAACGAACCACCAAUAAUGAAGGCGUUUCAAUAGCAAGUCAGCGUCGUUAUGUUGGGUACUGGUCUAAAAUAGUGUCUUUUCCAAGGGGAAUUGAUAACAGACCUCCUGAAGUGAACUUACCUCAACCAUGUAGCCGGGAAUUACGGCGAAUCCGACUUUAUGACACAGUUAACACUAAUUCAGUUUUCUUUGUGGUCACAGAGUUGCAGGAAAUUCCUGGUCAACUGUACAGUCCAUCCAUGGAGGUUGCAAGGAGUUGCUGCAGACCACUUAAGCUAGGAUAUCAAAGAAGUAACAGCCCAAGGUAUUACCUCUCCUUCAUUGACAACGAUGAGGAAGGGAAGGAACCGGAAAAGGAGGCACCUCAUGUUGUCGAGCAAAUGGACACAGAGAAGUCUUUUAUCUACCAUGAGAAUUGUCUUGAAUACUAUUUUGAUAAACCCUUACGAGUUACCGGAGAUGUGCGUGUGAUAUUCUACCAAAAGUUGAAUGGAGGGCGUCUUUUCUAUGCCUGCUUCAACACAGCCUUCAUUACAAACAGCUUGUUACAGUUCUCUGUGCGAGAUUUGGAUAAAGUCGGGUACAAGGGUAAAUCUAUAUGCAGCUCUGCCUUCUGUCUGGAGUUGCUCUUCGGUCCUGCUAACUCAAAAUAUCCAUUGUCACCUCCAGUGGAUGACAAUGAAGUAUGUGAAGAUUGGUCCUGAAGUCCUUGCUGUAGGUUCUGUUUCCCUCCCUUCUUCAUCAUAGGUUUGGUUGAAGAAAUGUUUUGUUCAUCGUAAGGCAUAUUAACCAUAACCCCGACUUGUGAACUUCGAGAAAGUGGUCCAUUUAAUUACCACCCAAAAACUAAUUCUGCUGUUUCCCCAUCUUGUUUUUGUUGUUGGAGGAAGGCACCGGAAAAGAGUCUGCGAAUAAUAACAGCUUUUAUGCAUAGAUUUGGGAGCACUUAGCAGGAAAUUGAAUAUUGUAUCUUCAUUUUUGAUAGAUGAAAGAAAACUAGUUUCUGUUUUGGUUCCUGAUAA